CAAAGGGGCACUGAGGAGGCAGGAACGACUCAGGGGUUCAUUCCCGGAGGAGGGGGUUUUGCUGCUGUGCCCCAGCCCUUGGUGAGCUGAGCAUAGGUCACUAGACAGUGGCUAGGGCUCAGGGCGACCCCAUUUCUGUCUGAAAUGUCUGCGGAGAGCCUGGAGGUCACCCCAGCCCCAUCCCUGGGGAAAUGAGAGCCAGGCUCUUGGGGAGGGCGGUUCCCCUUCCUGUUGCGGACGGGACAGCCUUGUGACAGCGAGAACCCAGCCUCCAGUCCACACUCUGCGUGUUUUUGUGUCCCGCCACGCACUGUGGUCUCAUCUGCCCGCACAGCUGAGUCCAGUGGGAGCUGACGCCAUGACCCUCACCCUCCCAGUCCUGAUGUGCCUCGGGUUGAGUCUGGGCCCCAGGACCCACGUGCAGGCAGGCACCCCCCCCAAACCCACCCUCUGGGCUGAGCCAGGCUCUGUGAUCAUAAGGGGGAGCCCCGUGACCCUCUGGUGUCAGGGGCCCCUGGAGACUCAGGAGUACCGUCUGGAUCAGGAGGGACUCCCAUGGACCUGGGGGAGACAGAACCCACUGGAGCCUGGAGCCAAGGCCAAGUUCCACAUUCGCUCCACGGUGUACAGCACUGCAGGGCAAUACCGCUGCUACUUUGAGACCCCUGCAGGUUGGUCAGAGCCCAGUGACCCCCUGGAGCUGGUGGUGACAGGAUUCUAUGCAGAGCCCACCCUCUCAGCCCUGCCCAGCCCUGUGGUGGCCUCAGGAGGGAAUGUGACCCUCCAGUGUGAUAUACGGGACGGAUUUCUCACGUUUGUUCUUGUUGAGGAAGAACAGAAGCUCCCCAGGACCCUGUAUUCACAGAACCUCCCCAAAGGGCCUUCCCAAGCCCUGUUCCCUGUGGGUCCCAUGACCCCCGGCUCCAGGUGGAGGUUCAGAUGCUAUUACUACUACAGGAAAAACCCUCAGGCGUGGUCGAACCCCAGCGACCCCCUGGAGAUUCUGGUCCCAGGCGUGUCUAGGAAGCCCUCCCUCCUGGCCCCGCAGGGCCCUGUGGUGGCCAGUGGAGGCAGCUUGACCCUGCAGUGUCGCUCUGAUGUCGGCUACGACAGAUUCGCUCUGUACCAGAAGGGGGGACAUGUCCUCCUCCAGCGCCCUGGCCAGCAACCCCAGGCUGGGCUCUCCCAGGCCAACUUCACCCUGAGCCCUGUGAGCCGCUCCCACGGGGGCCAGUACAGAUGCUACGGCGGACACAACCUCUCCCCUAAGUGGUCAGCCCCCAGUGACCCCCUGGACAUCCUGAUCGCAGGACUGAUCCGUGACACACCCUCCAUCUCAGUGCGGCCGGGCCCAACGGUGGCCUCAGGAGAGAACGUGACCCUGCUGUGUCAAUCAUGGCACAACAUAGACACUUUAUUUUUUACCAAGGAGGGUGGCCAUCCCCCGCUGCGUCUAAAGUCCAAGUACCAGUCUUAUACAUACCAGGCUGAAUUCCCCAUGGGUCCUGUGACCUCAGCCCAGGGUGGAACCUACCGAUGCUACAGCGCAAUCAGGUCCUACCCCUACCUGCUGUCAAGCCCUAGUUACCCCCUGGAGCUCGUGGUCUCAGGACCCUCUGGGGACCCCAGCCCCCCACCCACAGGCUCCACCCCCACACCUGCAGGCUCUGAGGACCAGCCCCUCAACCCCACGGGGUCGGACCCCCAGAGUGGUCUGGGAAGGCACCUGGGGGUUGUGACCGGGGUCUCAGUGGCCUUCAUCCUGCUGCUCUUCCUCCUCCUCUUCCUUCUCCUCCGACAUCGGCAUCAGAGCAAACACAGGACAUCGGCCCAUUUCUACCGUCCUGCAGGGGCUGCGGAGCCAGAGCCCAAAGACCAGGUCCUGCAGAGGAGGGCCAGCCCAGUUGCUGACGCCCAGGAGGAAAUUCUCAAUGCUGCCGUGAAGGACACACAGCCUGAGGACGGGGUGGAGCUGGACAGUCGGAGCCCACACAAUGAAGACCCCCAGGCAGUGACGUAUGCCCAGGUGAAACACUCCGGACCUAGGAGAGAAAUGACCUCUCCUCCCUCCCCAGUGUCUGAGGAAUUCCUGGACACAAAGGACACACAGGUGGAAGAGGACAGGCAGAUGGACACUCAGGCUGCUGCAUCUGAAGCCCCCCAGGAUGUGACCUACGCCCAGCUGCAGAGCUUGACCCUGAGACGGGAGGCAACUGAGCCUCCUCCAACCCAGGAAGGGGAACCUCCAGCUUAGCCCAGAGUCUUUUGAGACUCUGGCCAUCCACUAGCCCAUGGGGGACCCAGAUCUUACACUCAACAGAAGGAGACUCAGGGACUCCAGAAGGCACGGGAGCUGCCACCAGUGGACACCAAUGAACCCCAGCCAGCCUGGACCCCUAACAGAGACCACGAGGAUAUCCUGGGAACUUUGGGACUCACUCAAUUCUGCAGUUAAAGAUGACUAAUAUCCUUGCAUUUUUGAAAUAAAGCCACAGACUUCUCAAUAAAUCAAUGAGCUGAGAAAACUAAAACAGAAAUUAGAGAAUGGUAUAAAUUGAAUGAUAAUGUAAAUAUUACACAUUAAAUGAUGAAAUCGGAAAACUACAAAUGAGUGAAUGAAUUAGAAAAGAAUAAAACCUAUGUAAUUAAUGACCUUGGCAAUGA